GUAUUGCGCAUGCGCUAGUGACUGUGGUAUACAUGUUUUGUAGGUUAGGAGGAUAAGUUUAUUAUUUAUUUUAGAGCCUAAAAUGUCAAAUGUCAGGUAGUGCUGUGAUGUGGUUAAUUAUGUUUAUUAGAUUUUCCAAGUUGUUUUAUUGACUACACUUUGUACAUAGUAAAUAUUUUGUUUUUACCAACUUUCUUUUGAAUUAAUCGUAACAUGACAUUGCUUCUAAAACUAUGAUAGAUUGUCUGUCAAUAAUUCCAAACUUUGGCCAUGGAAGACUUUGGUGAGAAUCAGGCGCUUUUGAUUCCCGAUUCUAAUGAAAGAUUAAGAUAUCCUAGGAUACAAAAUACAAGAGAUUUGACAGAUAGUGACGACGAGUCUUGUCAAUCUGAUGAAUGGUGGGACGGUACCGGAUCUUCGAGUUGUAGCUCUUGUGAAUCUGAACUUGGUUCAGAAGCAGAUUGGGAGACAAAAGUUGACGAGCGGGGAGAACUUUUUUACAUUGAGUCAACAUUUCCGUCAGUGCCUGAUAAUGUGCCAUCUUCUUCCAACAAUACCAACAACCGCGAUGCCAAUGCUAAUACAGUUGCCGAUGCGGCGAAAAAGAAAUCAACAAGAGGUAAGCUUGUAAGAUUGAUAAGGAGACGUAGCAGUCGGCGUAGCAUGAAGAAGAAGUCGGCCGAUAACAAUGAUAAGGAGAAACCAGCGACUGGGUCAAGUGCCAAGGUCACAUUCAGAGAUUCUCAGGAAGGCGAAGUUAGGACAGUGAAGCUGAGAGUGUCCAAUGAUAACUUGGGUCGACGUGCCACUUUGUGCGAAUCACUGCUCGGAAUUAUCACGUCGACGUUCACUGAUGGGUCACGUAUCAUGGUGGCUGGCUUUGUGCCUAACAGUGAGGCCAUGAAGCAUAGGAGCGUCAAAAUUGGUGAUUGGCUAAGAAGUGUCAAUGAUCAAGAAGUUACCAUUAAGACAAUUGAUUCCAUUCUGAGGUCAAUUAGGCCUACAAAUGAGAUUGAGCUGAAACUUCAAAAAGUAGCCGCUUGUGAUAUCACUGCCCACGUGUCUUCUUCCUAUAAUGAUGAUAAUUCCACCUCAGAUGACAUCUACCAAUCAGACCUGGUGCAUCGUCUGUUGGGUGGCCAUAAUAACAACCAUAACAGUUCUAUCGGCGCAUGCGCACUGUCCGUGCUCUAUCUGCAGCACUCGGGCCUCAGCGAGGAUGGCCCAGCCGAUGAGGGCGUGGUCUACAGCUGGCCACGCCCACAGGUCAAGGUCAACGACCUCUAUGCGGUGCGCGGUGCUUUCAUCACGCUGCAUCACUUGCUUGUCGAUCUCUCUCAUUCGCCUCCCAUCAGUACGUCAAUAGUACUGAAAGGCAGUCUGACUCAUGUUAUCUACACACCAGAGGGUAGCGAGCUGUUACUGAUUGGUGUACCUCAUAAAAAAUGUUCAUUACUGGAAGCUCGUCAACUCAGCGCUGACAUUGUUCGUUGCUUAAAGUUCAAAUACCAAACUUUAUCGAGGUGUUUUGGGAACAAAGAGCAUAGACCUGCGCUGGAACGACUGUUCUCCAGUAUCUGGCUGCAAGUGAAUACCAGCGACAGUGUGACUUGUCCACAAUUCGAGCACAGAUUUCCAGCAGCGCACUACAUGCCUCUACCAAGGGAUGCCCAGAUUCAGAUUGACGACGCUCUUAGUGAAUUUGAAGCAAAUGACUUUGGCAGCUAUACAGAGGAUCAUCAUGGAUCCCAAAGACUAUACUCUAUCAUUGGAAGCUGCUUCUUUUACAAGGGCUACCUACUGGGCUCUCACUUACCUAGCCCCGACCUAGUGGAUGUUUCGGCAUUCUGCCGUCAGACAGCACUGCUGUCCCUCACCCGCCAGGAGUCGCUGCGAAGGGUGGUGAUGUGGAGACAGGUCUACCCCCUCUCUUGCAACCGGGGUCUGCAGACCGCCGUAAACACCCCCACUGCCUAUCACCUGCCCAAUGGACGAUGGUUUAUGCUCAUUGUCGGCCAGGGAAAUAGUUUGCUGGUUAACAUUUUUGAAUCUGCUGGCUGCACUAUUAAAGCAGUUGGCAAUCCAGGUCCUGAUAUCGAUUAUGUACAGCAAGCCCAAGCCACUCUCAAACAUAUACACAAGAUAGGAGUGCCUGUUGUUGCUGAAAAGUGGAUCUCGAACUGUGUGAGGCCGCAGGUGAUAGCUCCUGACUCCCCAACAAAAGUUUCUCCGAAACGGGCUUCUAAUGAAAAUUCCCUACAGUCCAAAUCUGGAGAUUCUCCAAACUCUAAAAGCUUGAAUACAUCGAAUUCUUCUUCAAAUAGUAAAAAACUACAAGAAAUAACAUCGAUUCUGAAACGGCGCGGGAGUCCCAAUGAGAGUAGUACAGCUUUUCCAUCAGGGUUGUUACAACAGUGUGAUACCACAUCUGAAGGCAGCAGUGUAAUCAGUGGUGGUGGCGGCGGGGGUGGUGAUGAGCUGGGGGUGGUUCCGCCCCCCAUUGUGGGCAGGCGAGCCGAGCGUGAGCGGGGGGCGGGGCCAGCCAGUGCCAGCGACAGCCAAUCACGGCGCAGCGAUUCUGAUGACGAUCUCUCCGAUUCUGAUUGGGCGCCUUACAUGGAUCACAGGAGAAUGUAUGGGAGCCGAGCUCUGGAUAUGGUCGACCUUGGCAAGUCACUUCUUUCGGAUGUCAGCUACACUCUACCCUCUCACCUCCUAGCGGGAUCACAGAACACGCUAUUCCACUAUGUGCAGCUGGAUCUGAGUGAAGGCCUUCUGCUCUCUCCGGCCGUCGAGAGGGAAGUGACGUCAUCACACCUCUUUGCGCACAUCUUGGCACAGUUCCGCGCAUGUGCGCUGCAGAUACACACACUCCUACAGAACACUGUCAACUUCAAGCAGUUGAAGGUGCACGAAAUCCACGAGUCACACAUGAACAAAUCGCUGGUGGCCAUCAAAGAGCACGGAGUGCUUUUCGAGACUUCCGGUUCUCCGGUGGAGGGAGAAGGUACAAAGAAAAUGGCGCCGAUUUGCUUCUGGGUUGUUGGACGACUCUUCUUCAACCCGCACCCGAAGGAGGUCUAUGUUUGCUACCAAGAAUCUGCCUCUCAAAAUAUGGUCGAAAUCGCAUUUAGAUUGGCUUUGAGUACAUCUGGCUAAUUAAACUACGGUAACUACUUAUUCAACCCUUAUUAUUAUAUAAAAAUUCUGUAAAAUUGUUUUCAUUUCUCAUAUUCUAAAGCUAGAUUCGCAUACAACAGUAACAGUGAAAAUAUAAUUUCCAUAAGUUCUAAUGGUCAUAAUUUAUUCAUUUUUCAAUAAAUUCGUGAUAUUUCCAGACAACAUUCCAGUGUUUCAUUAAGGCUCAACUCACACUUCGCGACUCAGUUCAAGAAGAGACUCGACUCUAGUCGAGAGCAUGUGUUUCCAAAUGGUGACACUCAGACCAGUCGAUUCUAGUCUCCGCGACUGUCACCAUUUGAAAACACAUGCUCUCGACUAGAGUCGAGUCUCUUCUCGACCUGAGUCGCGUAAGUGUGAGUUGAGCCUAAUAGUUCAUACACUCAUAUAUUCAUACUCACUCUGUUAGACUGGUAAUUAUAUUGCCACUGUUAUAUGCGAAUCCAGCUCUAUCGGAACAUUUUUCUGCAGUUAGAAAUAGUAUCAACUCCAAUUUCAUUCAAAAUGAGAUUUUGGUGUGAUUUGAAACGUCUUUUGAAGUUUUACAAACUAGGAAUAAAUUACUAUUAGAAGAGAAAUGAAAAUAAAAAUCCAAGUACCCUUUUUUAAAAUUGUUUAUUCAUUUUUUAAAAUUUCUAUUCAAGAUUAGCCCUAACAAAAAUUAUUAUUAGAAGGUUUGCCAUGGUUUAUUGUUACAUUGGUUUUUCUAACUGGAGGAUAAACCGUUUUCAAUUAUGGGUUUUGUUUUGCAGCAAAAACCAGUUAGACGACGUUUUAAUUGUAAACAUUAUGCCCGACGUUUUAUUGAGAAGUUUUCAUAUAACUAUCAACUAUGGGUGAAUAGACAUCCAUGUAAAUAUUAAUAUUACCUAUUAUAAAUAUUACAGCCAUUCAGUACUUAUCAUUGUCUUCAAUGAAGACUUGUCAUUCAUAAGUGAUAUAUUUUUUUUACAAUAGUGUUUGUAUUUUUACACACAUUUUUGUUAGGUAGUGAAAUUAAUUAAUUUAUAUCAGAAAAUUAUUUGUACUAAUCAACACCUAGGGUAAAGUAGGUAUUGUAAUAUUCAAAUAUCUCAGCAGCAGUCAAGUUGAGUAUUGUAACGAAUCCGUCCAUUCUUCACAUACUGCAGAAAAUGUGAAUUAU